CAGUCCCUCGUACAGCAACAUGAAGAUCACGCGCAGAUUCUGCAACAACCCGCCACCCCUUAAUGGUGGAAAGAUAUGCGUUGGCGAUGACAUAUCGUUCGAGCUUUGCGAUGCGACCCGUAUCAGAAAAGCGAUUCCGGUUUGUAGCGGUGACCUCGACACACAGGUGCUCAUCUCACCGGGCCAGUACGCCAGCGCCACCUGUGGCAGCCUAUCACAACUUCCACAGUUCCAGCAUCUGACGGGAAAAGGCUUCCAGAUACAGCCAGAAACAGCCGAUGACGACUGGCAGCCGUGCGUGGUCACGUGUCUCAGCAAGACGAAAAGCCGCCUUGACGUCUCCCCUGGUGGCCUCUACUAUCCGGCAGGCUCGCCGUGUAGUGAAAGCAAUGCAAAUAUGUUUUGCGCUGGACGAAGAUGCAGGUCGUUUGAUGAGGGUGAGCGCGUAACUGCUAGCACAGACAGUGUAAGCCCUCACUCCUGUCAGCUGAGCCACAGUACUGAUGUUAGACUCUGAAGAAACCAUCUCAUCAA